AGCUCAAACAAUCACAAAUAUGACCGUGGGAUAGGGAAUAAAAAUAUAUAUAAAAUAGACUCAUCACAGGUGAACCAUGGCAGCCUCACAUUAAUGUGAACCGGGGAGAGCCCGUCAUCGUCGACGACCCGGUAACUGGUGAGAGCAUGGGUUGGAGGAUGCUGAAGGACUUGGCCACACCGUCCGACAGGCCUAUUGAUCGGCUAUCCGCUCCUUGCGACCAGCUAAUGAAUGAUAUGCUGAGGACUGUCAACUCGGCUGUGGAGGUUGUACAUAUGUACAAAUACUACCAUAGAUAUGCAGACCAAGCUGCCGUAAAGGUGAAGAAGAUUGAUGACGAGGGCAAGGCUGCUGUUCUCGAGCUCGAGGAAAACAAGAUCCAGAUGAAGCUUUUGGAAAAGCAAGUUGUUGAUCAUGAAGAGUUGAAGAAAAAACUUUUGUAUCAAAACAAGCUGAUAACAAAGAUUGCCGAUCUGGAAAAAAGCCUAAAAGUUGAGAAAGCGGAUAAAGAGAAACUGGUGAAAAGCUUAGAUGAAGCUCAGCGUGAGAGGCUCGGUAUCAGGCGCCGAGCCGUCAACUGUUUUCUGAGGUCUGACCUAUACCAAGAUAAGCUGGUGGAUCGCUAUACCGGUGGAUGGGUGGCGGCGCAUCGUUGUGUAUGCAAAGCCGAGUUGGGAAGAGACAAGAUGGCAGUCAGUUGAAGAUGCUUACGGCAAGGAUAAGCAUCAUUCUCCUACCAGCUAUGAAGAGGCAUAUUUCGCUGAUCCCCCCAGCAUUGAAACAAUGACCAAUGUUGAUCCACAAGAGUAUCCCGAUGAAGAAUUUGGUGACGCCCUCCUUGCCAACCCCCCCAAGCGAGAAAGGACCAGAGAAAGAGUCCGAGAAGAAAAAAGAUUAAUGGGGCGGGCAGUCAUCACCAAACUCGUCAUGUGGAUCUUCGUUUUCAUGUAACCGUCGCUAAGCUUAAUGAAGUUUGGUUUUUUUUGUUUUAAGACUAUGUUUUCGUUAGUAUAAAAAAAAUUGUUGUCUGAAUUUAGUCGGUCUGAUCCUCGUGUUUUUGGGUGAUGGCUGUCGUUUUUUUUUUUUUUUUUUUUUUUUUUUUUUUAUGUUUCUAAAUAUGCUUUGACAACUUUUUAAGUUUUAACUGCUACAUAUACAUGAAGCCUUUAUUGCUAUGAAUUAUUUGUCUUUGUUAUCUGCAUAUUAAUUACAUAGCGUACUUUUAGCCCGUCUUAUCUUUUAAUUUGUUUAAGAAAGUGGAGCGCUUAAACAUUUUUUAGAUAUCGGCUACUGUUUUUUUGCAGAUUUAUAUCUUUACA